AUGAGGCCCCUGCAAGUGGUCCUGCAAGUGGGAUCCGACGAGGCCUCUCUCUGCGGGCGGGCUGCGGCCAUGGCAUCCGAAGACUCGACCAACCACGGCCUCGCCGAGUCGGGCAUCACGAUGCACUCUGACAGCGAGCAAUACUCGCCGCGCGAGGAUCUGUCCACGUCGCCGCCGUCAUCCUCCAACUCGCCCGUCAUCCUGUACAAGCCCCCCACGGUGUGGUCGUUGAUACGCGGCGCCGCCAUCAACCUGCUCCUGCCAUUUAUUAACGGCAUGAUGCUGGGUUUCGGAGAACUCUUUGCCCACGAAGCGGCUUUCAGGUUAGGAUGGGGCGGCACAAAGGUCUUCCCGCUCUCUCGGCGGAGAGCGCAUCCCAUCGGCCCCGGCAUCGAAGUUCGUCCCGGAACCGAUGUUUACCCGGUGCCUGACCGCAGCUCCAGGGAUUCGCGCGCUCCCUACCCUCUGCCGGGGUCGGGCGGCGACUCCAAGGCCGACGGGCCACGACGGGCCCUGCCCCUUCGAGUGUCCUUUCCGCGCGACAUGGGUCUGGUCGCCAGUUCGGACACCAACGCCCAAGCACCGGCCGUCCGCCCCGUCGACCCGACGCCCGAAACCCCCGUUCCCGGCGCGCCCCCGACGGAGCCGCCCGUGCCCGCCUCCGACGUCGACCUCUCGUCCAUUGCCGACCUCGUCAACGCGCAGGACAUCCUCGGCAUGCCCGAGCAGCUGGGCUACCUGCACGCCAUCGGGCUCGACUACGGCUGGGGCCCGACGUCGCUGAUGCAGUGGGCGCUCGAGCACGUGCACGUCUGGACGGGGUUCGGCUGGGCCGCCUCGAUUGUCGUCACGGCCGUCGCCCUGCGCUGCGUCAUGUUCUACCCCCAGGUCCGCGCGCUGCAGUUUGGCGCCGUCAUGCACAAGAUGAAGCAGGAUCCUCGCUCCAGCGAGGCCAUGAAGCUUAUCCAGCAGGGCUUUCAGGACCGUGAUACCGAGAUGCGGCAGCGGGGCCAGAUCCUGAACAAGAUGCUGCGCGAGCAGUACGGCGCCAGCAACUGGGGCAUCGUGUGGUCCCUCAUGCAGAUCCCCUUUACCUUUGGCAUGUUUCGCAUCGUCAGCGGCAUGACGUACAUCCCCGUGCCGUCCAUGGAGACGGGCGGCUACCUUUGGUUCCCAGACCUGACGGCCACGGACCCCUACUUCAUCCUUCCCGCCAUCGGAACCGGCCUCAUGGUCGUCUCCGUCUUGCUCAACGCCAGACAUGGCCCCCCCUCGCAACAAAAGCUGCUCAAGCCCAUGAUGUACAUAUUUGGCGUCGUCGGCUUCUUCGGCACUACCUUCCUCUCCGCCGCCGUUAACCUCAUGACGGUCGCCGUCGGCGCCUCGACCCUCGUCAGCGCCGUUAUCCUCAGCAGCGGCCGCCUCCGCCGCGCCUUUGGCCUCCCCACCUACCAUGACAAGGCCCCCUCGAAACCCGCCGUGUCUGUCUACUCGGCCCCGCGAGCCGCCCCCGCGCCCGAGCCCGCCGCCCCCACAGGCCUUCGCGAGCGCCUCACCAACAAUCUCGACGAUGUUAAAAAGGGCCUUUCCGAGCAGGUGACCAACUUGACGGGCACGUACACCGGCACGGACCAGGAAAAGGCCGAGAGAAAGCGCAAAGACCUGCUACGGAAGCUGGAGGAUACGCGCAAGUCCCAGGAGCGCGAGGAGUUUGCAAAGAAGUACAAGAAGAAGCAGUAA